UUCAAAACAUUUAUUAUUUGUGACUCAUGAAUUCUGAGAUACUAUAAAAAGAUUUUUCAAUAAGCCAUUUCUUUAGUGCUCCUUUAAACUUAGUAAGUGGUAGUUCCCUUAUAGCUUUAGGUAAUUUGUUAUAUAUUUGCAUUAUCAUCCAGGAACAAUUUCUUUUAAACAGUGUCGUUGAUAUCAUGGGAACUGCCAACUUAGUCGGAUCUCUUGAAAUCAACUUUUUAGUAAGAACAGUAGUAGAAAGCCACCACUUUGUAGUAGAAAGUGGUUAUCACUUGCUAGAAGACACCCAGCAUCAUUGUCAGCGACAAGCACCAGUUAUUUUUGUGAAGAUCACUUUGAUCUUCCGAAAGACAUGGAAAACUAUGUAGAAUACACUACAAUGGGUGUAGUAUCCCGCAUAAGAAUGAGACCCGGUUGUUUACCUACAAAGUUUGCUUGCCAACCAAAUAGAGCCAACAUUUCUACUGAUGUCUGUCGCCCAGUCGCUGCAAAAAGGCAAAGACUCUCAUUGAUAAGGGAAUGUGAAGAAGAGAUAAGAGCAGCACAACCUGCUAAAGCUCAACCAAUAGAAAAUUUAAAUAUUGAACAUCUAAAUCAAGAUGAAGAUCCAGUCCAAGAACAACUACAAAAUACAACAAAAUUUGAUAAAGCAGUCCAGAUAUGCAUAAGAGCCAAAUAUCGAAGUAAAACUACUCAAACUGAGACAAAAUCAAGUACGAAGAAAACCUCUCCUAUAAAGGUUUUUAGCACAUCUGUGUCUACUUCUCCAUUUAAAAUUAAACAGUUAGGCCAUUUAUAAAACCACACCAGUUUUGCUCAAAAGCAACAGUAACAUGCAACUCAAGUAAUGAUGAUAAAUCUGAUAGUGAUGUGUCAUCUGUAUACACACCACCUGUAGCACCUAUGACAAAAUCUUCUUCGGACACAAGUGUUUUAAAUGAACCAGAUUUUAAAAAAGAACAUUACCGAAAAUCUAUGUUAGAAUAUACUGUAGAGAGAAUUAAAAAAAGAACACUGUUCUAUAUUGGUGUACCAAAAGAUUGUUAUGAUUUAAUUAAAAUUAUGCAUGAGCAUACUGGUAUUCCUGAAUACCAAAUAUUGUUGUGUUUAAAAAAAAAUCGUUUGGACACAAAGUUUUCUGAACUUUCUGAUGAGUUUGGAAUAAGUAAAACAUAUGUAUCAAAAAUAGUAUCUGAAAAUAUACCUAAAAUUGCAGAAAUCAUGAGGCCUUUUAUUGUUAAAUUAGACAAGAUUUCUAUCAAAAGAUGCUUGCCAAUAGCCUUUAGAAAAAACUAUUAUAAUGUAACAUGCAUAUUAGAUUGCCUAGAAAUUGAAAUACAAAAGCCUGGUAAAGCCGUGAAUCAAUCUCUAACUUGGUCUGAAUAUAAAAAAGCCAACACCAUAAAAUACCUAGUUUCUAGUACACCUAAUGGACUAGUGAAUUAUAUUUCACAAGGGUAUGGAGGUAGAAUAAGUGAUGUAUGUCUGGUAGAAACUUGUGAUUUCCUUAAAUGUUUACCUAGUGGGUCACAUGUAAUGGCAGACAGAGGCUUUAAGCAUAUAGAACCACUAUUAUUUGCGAUUGGUUGUAAGCUAACAAGGCCACCUAGUGUAGUGUCUGGUAAUAAAUUAUCUAAGGAGGAAGUGAAAGAAACAAAAAAAAUUGCAAGUCUAAGGAUCCACAUAGAGAGAGUCAUUAGACGUAUAAGGGAGUUUUCUUUUCUGAAGUCCCAUGCUUGUGUAAACAAUAAUCUUUUAGGAAAACUUGACGAUAUUAUAGUUAUAGCAUGUGGCCUCAUAAAUUUGCAAAACUCAUUAAUUAAUAAGUAACUAGAUACUAAGGUAUUGAACAAUGUAAACUGGAAAUAAAAGACUAAAAUACCAAUCA